AUGGAGGAAGAAGUGAUCGUGAAUGCGUCUGCGCCAUCCGUGAGCGAUGAACCAGUCCAUCCGGCCUUGUUGGCCGGCUACAUCUUCGUGAUUUUCAUCGCAGUAGCAACAGUUCUGGUCUACGUGUGGUUGAUAGCUACAAUCGCUAUGGAGCACAUCCUCCAUAAUGUGUCCAACUAUUUCAUGGCCAGUCUUUGUGUGUCCCUGAUCGUCAUGGGAAGUUUGAUUUCAUGGUGGUCUGUGAUCCUGAUGUCAAACUUGAACCACUCCGCGCUCAAACUCGCAGUUGUCACAAGUUUUACCUAUUUUGGACUUCUCGGCUACUUCUUAAAUUCGGUGGUCAUAGCGGCUGACCGGUACCUGAAGAUCUCCCAGCCCCUGCAGUAUCUCCGGCUAGCGACGCCCAGACGUUGCAUCGCGCUGAUCGGUGCGUCCUGGUGCCUGUCUUUGGUCCUCGGACUUGCCGUGUUUGUCUCCGCCAUGUUGAAUUUUGACCCCGACAGUCAAGAGUCAUUCGCCAGCUUCCUGCAGGGGGAAGGUUUUCGAAUCCCAAUGGUCGUCAUGUCGGAUCUGACAAUUUUCCCCAGUAUGAUCGCGGUAACCUUUCUGAUAGCUGCUCUCGUUCGCAUCGCUAGGCAACAGCGGCGCAAGAUACAGGAUGAAAUGCUGAUGCUGAAGCAUCUUCAAGAUCGUGCGCAGCGGACGGAGCAGGAAGUCAACGAUGAGAACGCGCUGCAGCCUCGACCGAACCACUUGUCCGAUAAAACCACCGUGUACUUCAUCGUACACUUCUCCGCAUUUGUGGUGGCUUGGCUACCAAAUAGUGUAGCCAUUAACAUUGCGGUUUUUGUCACUGACCUGACUUCAGCUGUUCUCAACCCUCUCAUGACCGUCGGUUCCAUUCUUGCCAUGUUUGACACCUUCUGCGGCACCUUGUUCCUGGCCUAUACGCAGCCAGAGCACCGACAGGCAGCAAGGAAUAACUUGAAGAGGGUGAAACGACUCUUCUGUGAUCGUUACAGCGAGAAGUGUUUCCAGACUGCCAACUCUAGGGACCAUUAA